AUGGCGGAAGUUCAGAUGGGUGAAACCGAGACGUUUGCGUUCCAGGCGGAGAUCAACCAGCUGUUGAGUUUGAUCAUCAACACAUUCUACAGCAACAAGGAGAUUUUCCUCCGGGAAUUGAUCAGCAACGCCUCCGAUGCUCUGGACAAGAUCCGGUUCGAGAGCUUAACCGACAAGAGCAAGCUGGACGCCCAGCCGGAGCUCUUCAUACGCCUCGUGCCGGACAAGGCCAACAAGACCCUGUCGAUCAUCGACAGCGGGAUCGGGAUGACCAAGGCCGAUCUGGUCAACAAUUUGGGAACGAUAGCGAGGUCCGGCACCAAGGAAUUCAUGGAGGCGCUGCAGGCCGGCGCUGACGUCAGCAUGAUCGGGCAGUUCGGCGUGGGGUUCUACUCUGCUUAUCUCGUCGCCGAGAAGGUCGUCGUGACGACGAAGCACAACGACGACGAGCAGUAUGUUUGGGAAUCGCAGGCCGGCGGAUCGUUCACCGUUACCAGGGAUGUUGAAGGUGAGCAACUCGGCCGGGGAACCAAGAUUACUCUGUAUCUCAAAGACGAUCAAUUGGAGUAUUUGGAGGAGAGGAGGAUUAAGGAUCUUGUGAAGAAGCAUUCGGAAUUCAUCAGUUAUCCGAUUUACUUGUGGACUGAGAAGACGACUGAGAAGGAGAUCAGUGAUGAUGAAGAAGAUGAGCCCAAGAAAGAGGAGGAAGGAGAUGUUGAGGAGAUUGAUGAGGAAAAGGAGGAUAAGAAGGACAAGAAGAAGAAGAAGAAGAUUAAGGAAGUCUCUCAUGAAUGGCAGCAAAUCAACAAGCAGAAGCCAAUCUGGAUUGUGGAUUCUCCAUGCUGUUUGGUCACCGGAGAGUAUGGAUGGACAGCAAACAUGGAAAGGAUCAUGAAAGCUCAGGCUCUGAGAGACACCAGCAUGAGUGCCUACAUGUCUAGCAAGAAAACCAUGGAGAUCAAUCCUGACAAUGGCAUAAUGGAGGAGCUGAGAAAGAGAGCUGAAGCUGACAAGAACGACAAGUCGGUGAAAGAUCUCGUGCUGCUGCUAUUUGAGACUGCCCUUUUGACAUCUGGUUUCAGUUUGGAUGAUCCCAACACAUUUGCAGCAAGGAUUCACAGGAUGUUGAAGUUAGGUCUAAGCAUCGAGGACGGUGAAGGCGGUGAAGAUGAGGAUAUGCCUGCACUGGAGGAAGAAAGCAACGAGGAGAGCAAGAUGGAGGAAGUUGAUUAA